UAAGAAAUCUUUCACUUUUUGUUGUGGUGCUGUCCGUUUGCAUGAUAAAGUAUUAAUUAAUAAUAAUUAACGUAAAAUGGGGAAAACAAAACGAAUGAAACCGUCCCAAAUGGGCAAAGUUUCUUUAGAAGAAGACAUACAUAAUGCCAGAUUUGUUAAAAGCAAAAACAAGAAUAAAAUACGUCUGCGACAAGAUGAAGAGGAACAAUUCGUUAGUAGCAACUUAUCCAAGAAAAUUUUAUCUGCAGCUCGUGAGCAGCAAAGAGAAAUGGAAACAGAUUUUGCACCUGAAGAAGCAGCUCACAGUAAAGCAAAAAUUACAAAAUUAGAUUUGGGCAAUGAAUCUGAUUCUGAUAAUGAGGAGGAAGGUGAUGUACAACCCGAAGAUACUUUUUACGAAGACAUUGUAAUAGAUGAAGCUGACGAAAAGGCCAUUGAAUUGUUUAUGAGUAAGAACCCAUUACCUCGAAGGACUUUGGCAGACAUCAUUAUGGAAAAAAUUACUGAGAAACAAACAGAACUGGAAACACAAUUUAGUGAUGCUGGUUCCAUACAAAUGCAAGAUAUAGAUCCUAGGGUGAAACAGAUGUAUGAAGGUGUAAGAGAUGUCCUAAGAAAAUACAGAAGUGGAAAGUUACCUAAAGCUUUCAAAAUUAUUCCUAAAUUGAGAAAUUGGGAACAAAUAUUAUAUAUUACUGAUCCUCCUAGUUGGUCAGCAGCAGCGAUGUAUCAGGCAACCAGAAUAUUUGCCUCGAAUUUGAAGGAAAAAAUGGCACAAAGGUUUUACAAUUUAGUUCUCUUUCCUCGGAUCAGAGAUGAUUUAGCAGAGUACAAAAGAUUGAACUUUCACUUAUACCAAACUCUCCGUAAAGCACUGUUUAAACCGGGAGGUUUCAUGAAAGGUAUCUUGUUGCCUUUAUUAGAAAGUGGUAACUGCACAUUGAGGGAAGCUAUUAUAGUGGGAUCUGUAAUUGCAAGAAAUUCCAUCCCUAUUCUCCAUUCGUCAGCUGCAAUUUUAAAAAUCGCCGAAAUGGACUACACUGGUGCUAAUUCCAUAAUACUAAGAAUUUUCUUUGACAAGAAGUAUGCGUUACCUUAUAGGGUAGUCGAUGCAUGUGUGUUUCACUUUCUGAGGUUCCAAAAUGAUUCCCGUGAGUUACCUGUUCUGUGGCACCAAGCAUUUUUAACGUUUGUGCAGCGAUACAAAGCCGAUAUUUCUACUGAACAACGAGAUGCUCUGCUGGAACUGCUAAAAAACCAGAACCAUCACUCUAUAACAGCUGAGAUUCGAAGAGAGCUGCAAAACGCCAAGUGCAGAGAUUUAGAAGAUGCAGUACCAGUAAUGGACAUGGAUUAAGUUGUCACUGAAUUGUUUGACAAUAAAAAUGUUAUUUAAA